AUGUUCGCCCUGCAAGACGCAAUUUACCUGGUCGAAUUGGCAUUCUAUGCCCCUAUCGUUCCUGCUAUCCUCUUCAUAAUUCUACUCCAUGGCAAUACGCACCCCUACACAUGGCGUCCCGUCGUGAUUCCCCUCAUCAUUCUGUCCGGUUUGCGAAUCGCCGCAGCAGGGCUCGGCCUAGCUGCCAUGGACUCAGCCAAAUCCAAUCUCCUAACAACUGCCACCCUCCUGGACACCAUCGGCCUCGCGCCAGUCCUGUGUCUCUUGAUAGGGCUUCUGAUUAGAGCGAAUGCUCCUGUAUACAAAGGGCUUCCGCUCUGGGUUUUCAUCCCGCUACAGAUGAUCACCAUAGCAGCUACAGUGAUGACUGCAUACGGUGGCAGAGACCUCUACACAAGCAAGGAUAGUCAAGCGAAAGACAUCCGCUUGAUGCGCGCCGGUAUCAUCCUCUUCAUCGCCCUUUUUACCGGGGUCGUUCUCCUCUCCGUCGUCACUAUGCUCAAGGUCCGGGUGAAGUUCUACCGCACUGAACGUGCAGCUGUUGUGUGUGCUUUGCUCUGUGUGCCCUUUAUGAGCGUACGUCUGGCGUUCUCGGCUGGGUCAUUGUUUUCUGGGGAGCAGUCCGUGUUGAACCCGAUGGCGGGAGACGAGACCAGUAUUUGGCUCCAUUUCCUUAUGGUCAUUGUUAUGGAGUAUAUAGUCACACUUUCUGCCACGGCUAUUGCUUUGACUGCGAGAAAGGUGGUGGUUCUGACGGCGGGAAGAACUGAUUCUCUCAAGGACGAGGAAAUUUGA